CCUUUAUGUUGUGCUACCACAACAGCCACAACUGACCUUUAACAUGAGUUAAUGGUGAUCGGAGAAACAAACUCAAUUGUAGUGGCACCUCUUAAAAACAAAAACCCACACCAAAAAAAUAAUAAAAAUGCUUUGUUCAGGCCGAAUAUUGGCGGUUUCUCAUUCCGCAAAACCCUUGAUUUUCUACCAUAAUUAUGCACCUUCUUCUUCCAGAGUGAGUGGCAGAAAACUCAAUGAUCCUCCCAAAUGGCGUUGUAUGUCGUCUUCUAUGGCUCCCGAAUCCGAUUCUGCGUCUUUCCCUUCUUCUUCUGAUUCGGACUCUUCUGAUAAAUCGAAUACGGCUUUUUGUAUUAUAGAAGGGCCUGAAACAGUUCAGGAUUUUGAUAAAAUGGAAAUGCAAGAAAUUCAAGAUAAUAUUCGGAGCCGUCGAAAUAAAAUCUUUUUGCAUAUGGAAGAGGUUCGUAGGCUAAGGAUACAACAAAGAAUAAAAAGUGCUGAGUUGGGAAUCUUACAAGAGGAACAGGAAAACGAACUACCGAGUUUCCCGUCAUUUAUCCCAUUUUUGCCGCCUCUGAGCUCGGCGAACCUCAAGCAAUACUAUGCUACUUGUUUCUCCCUUAUAGCUGGCAUUAUGAUUUUUGGAGGCCUACUGGCACCCACGUUGGAGCUUAAACUAGGAGUGGGGGGCACAUCUUAUGCAGAUUUUAUCCAAAGCAUGCAUUUGCCAAUGCAGUUGAGUCAGGUAGACCCCAUAGUGGCUUCUUUCGCAGGAGGGGCCGUUGGCGUAAUCUCGGCAUUAAUGGUGGUUGAAAUAAACAAUGUAAAACAACAGGAGCAUAAGCGAUGCAAGUACUGCCUUGGAACUGGGUAUCUAGCAUGUGCUCGUUGUUCGAACACUGGAUAUCUAGUUCUUGUUGAGCCCGUCUCAACAAUCAAUGGUGGUGAUCAACCUCUUUCGCCGCCAAAGACAGAGAGAUGUUCCAAUUGUUCAGGAUCUGGAAAGGUCAUGUGCCCUACUUGUCUGUGUACAGGGAUGGCAAUGGCAAGUGAGCAUGACCCCAGAAUUGAUCCAUUUGAUUAAAGGUGGUGUAUUAAUUAUUAUGUAAUUAAGUUCUCGGCUUGUAUCUAUAUUUCAGUUGUGUUACAAAAGCUUGUACAUACUCCUUAGACUGCUUGCUCUGAGCCAUCUAUGGAUCUUUAUCUUACAAAAUUAGAAAUGUAACAGUAGUGAAAACUUUGGUUUGUGUUCAUUGAGAAUCUAUGAGAUCAGACCGAUAUAAUGUAAAAUUGGUUUAUAAAUUA